UUAUGUUAUCUUAGCUCUCCCAGUUUAGGUUAUUGUUUAGCUUCUCCUCUGCCUUUUGUUUUGUAAUGUUUUCACCAGCCUUAAUAAACGGCUCGCUUUCUGUUAACAUUUAAAUUUUGUUUCAUGGUGUCUGCAUUUUGGGUCCUCUUCAUAAUCCAUACAGUCUGCCUCUGCCAGACUGUGACAGAACGACCUGACCAUGCUGGACCCAGCGGACAUUUAUUUCAGUGACUUUUUUGAAUUCAAGAUUCGUGUUACACAGCUUCAUGGACUUUGGAUUAUCUCCUGUGCAGGGAAGCAGGCGGAGGAGAAGGAGGCUAUUCGGGCUCAGUUGACCCGGAUGGCCACAGCUAACCCAGGUUUUAUGGACUGCCUGCCUGCAGACUUAAAGAACUUUGCUACAGCCACGAUCUCCUCUGCCUCACCAUCAUCGCCAGAGCAGCAGCUGCCCAGUGUGCAGGCUGAAUCACCCCAGCCCUCGGGUGAUGCAGCUCUUCCUUCGCCGGCUUCGGGAGUACAAGUCGGCUUAUUCAGUCUCUCCCCUGUGUCCAUGCCUGUGUCACCACUGCAGCAGACAAAUGCUGCGUUUUUCUCACCUCAACCGGUGGCUGCUUCCAGCGCUACAUUCAUCUCAGCCGUAGCGGCGCCGGCCUCCACAACCACGGCUUCCAGGAGGAGGCGGCGUCCAAGUCGUCACCACGGCUCACAGCAGCAUGAGGUUCAUGGGCAUGUUUAUGAAAUGACCAAGACUGACAAAUUACCACCCAAGUCUUCCACGGAACAUCUUAUCCCCCUGCAUACUUACCUAGCAUCCCUGUGUAUCGAUCAUGCUACAACCCAUGCUUCUAAGAAGUCAAGCUUUAAGACUGUUUUCACUGGAGAUGCUAGCCGUGAGGCUCAGCUAAGCCCCUGUGGGACUGAGAGCCAGGCCAGGUUUGAUCCAGAGGCUGAGUUGGAGGACUCAGUUUGCUCUCGACCUCCCGAAGAGCCUGUUGCUGCUUCCAUGGGGGUCACUGGGCAGUUUGUGCAGCCUCUUCCAGUGUCUGCUGGGGGUUCAGGCGAACCACUCCAGCACUCCGCGGCUCCCACUCCGCCAUCAGUUCCUGCUGGGUGCUCUGGAGAGACCGCCCUGCCGUCUGCGGUUGCCAUGCCGCCACCUGCCACGCCUCAGCCAGAGGUCUCCGCCUCGCCUGGCCCUGCCACGCCUCAGCCAGAGGUCUCCGCCUCGCCUGGUCCUGUCACGCCAGCUGGAGGUUCAGCCGAGCCCAUCCAGCAUUCCGCAACGUCUGCUGCAGCGCCACCACCUGGUCCACCACCUGCGACUUCAACGCCGUCGUCUGCAGCGCCACCAGCUGAUCCAUCACCUGCAGCCGCCACGCCUGGUCCUGCCUCGCCGGCCGAGCCAGAGGUCGUCGCCACGCCUGGUCCUGCCUCGCCGGCCGAGCCACAUCCACCGCUCCUUACAUCCGCUGCCAAGCCACGUCCACGUCCAGCAUGGCUGUUUCUGGGGCCUGUCAAAACAGCCUGUCCAUGGGGACCCACCAAACCACCCGAGGAGUCUUGUCUACGCCAUCGACCACCAGCCAAGCCACCCGAGGGUCUUCAUGCAGGCCCACGCCGCCGCCAUCGACCGCCAGCCAAGCCGCGCGACAGGUCUCGUCCACGUUGCCGCCAGCCGCCAGCCGCCUGCCGCCUGCCAAGUCAUCCAUUUGUGGUCAGCUAUGCCCGCCUCACCACCGCCACUUUCCACGUGGCUGGCCCCCUGAUCUGCUCCGUCGCCAUCUCUGGAACCGUGGCCGGCCACCUGAACUCUACGGUCAUGAAUUCCUGUGCUGUCGGCCUCCGGGUCGACCCCCUGAACUUUUCAACUACGGACUGUUGUGCCAUCGGCCACCUGAACGGCUUCGCCAUGAACUACUUUUCUGCCGAGAUCAUGGUCGCCCUCCUGAAACAAGGUCUCGGACUCUUAUGCCCUUAUGUUUGGACUGAGUGCUUCAGAUUCUUUGUGUUGUGUGUGUGUUUUUUUUUUUUUUUUUUUUUUUUUGUGGUUUUGGCCCUCCGUCCUUGACCCCGCCGCCCACCCUGGGUGGGUUGUUUUGGUUUUGUUUCAUGUUUGUUUGUUUUUUCUUUCUUCGUGGUUUAGGGCGUCUGGAAUCCGCCCUUGAAGGGGGGGCUCUGUCACGAUCCUGGGUCUUUUGACCCAGCGUUUUAAGUUUUAGUUUGUUUGAUGUUUAUGGUUUAUUUUUAAAUUCACUAGAUUACCUAAGCUAAUUUGUCUAUUUCGAUUCCUCUUGUAUUUUCUUCCCCUGUAUUUAAGUUUACCUCACCCUUUGUCUGUGAGGCUGUUUUGACUGCGUGUCUUAUGUUAUCAAGUUUGUAUUGUCAUGUCUGCUUCACAUUUCCUGUUUCAUUUUGAAGGUCUGUGUCCUAUGUCAGCGUAGUCACCUUUGCUUCCUUUGUCUUGUUAUGUCAGAUUAGUGUCAGCUGUUUCCCCAUGUGUUUCCACUUCCCCUAAUCACCCUUGUGUGUAUUUAGCCUGUGUGUUUCUGUUCAUUCCUUGUCAGGUCAUCUGUUGUCCUUAGUGUCGUGUUUCCAGGUUCUGUGCUCUAGGUAUUUUUGUGUCCAUGUUAGGGUUCAUGUUUUUAUGUUAUCUUAGCUCUCCCAGUUUAGGUUAUUGUUUAGCUUCUCCUCUGCCUUUUGUUUUGUAAUGUUUUCACCAGCCUUAAUAAACGGCUCGCUUUCUGUUAACAUUUAAAUUUUGUUUCAU